CCAAAAUACCCAUUCCCCAUCUUCAAAUAAAAAAACUUGUCUCAUAAAUUCCAAUGGCUGAUUUUACAUCAGACUUUCAAAGUUUUAAACAAUCAUUUUCUUUCUUGGAUAUGGAAUCACUUAACCAUUUCACUGAACUAAACCCCCGUCUCUUAGAUAAUUCAGUCAUGAAUUACCAAAGCUUCUUGCCCUCCUCCAUUGACAACUUCUUCAGCAAUCAAGCACAGGCUAUCCCAGGACACGAGGGAGGAAACUUGCAGAGCACAGCAUCAGUUUUCCAGCCCCUUCUCUCUGCUAAAACUGAAUUAAUCCAUGAAAGCAUGAAGAGAAAAGCUUUGGAUGUAUCAAAAAGUAGUAGUUUUGGGAACUCAUUAUCAUCUCCUCAGGUUUCUGAAGCUGAAGUCAAGAGAAGAAAUGAUUCAGGAAGAGGGAAAAGAGCAAAACGUAAUGAAAAGGAAGAAGAGAAACCAAAAGAUGUAGUUCAUGUUAGAGCCAGAAGAGGUCAAGCUACUGAUAGUCACAGCUUGGCAGAAAGGGUUAGAAGAGGGAAAAUUAAUGAAAGGUUAAGAUGCUUGCAAGAUAUUGUUCCAGGGUGCCAUAGGACCAUGGGCAUGGCAGUAAUGUUAGAUGAGAUAAUCAAUUAUGUACAAUCUUUGCAGAAUCAAAUUGAGUUUCUUUCAAUGAAGCUGACGGCAGCAAGCACAUAUUAUGAUUUCAACUCAGAGCCAGAUGCCUUGGAAAGAAUGCAGAGGGAAAAGGCACAGGAGGCAAAAGAGUUGGAAAGAUUAAUGAGAGAAGGAUAUGUUGGAGGGCUAGCUUGCUUCCACUCAUCAUCAUCAUCAACAUGGUCCUCUUUGACUUAAAACCUAAUAUAUAUUGCCUUACAACACAUGACAAGAGGAAGAUGCCAUAUUUUUCAACACCUUUUCAAGUUUAUAAAGUGUCACAAAUGUUCCCCACUAGCAUAUGUGAAUUUUUUUUACUUGUAAUUUAUUGUUAGUCACAAAGCAUUUAUGGAAUUCCAUUUCAAUGUUUACAACA